AUGAAUGUAAAAUGUGGAAGCAUACACAAGGCAUACGAGUUGUUUGACAAAAUGACUCAACGAAGUGUUGUCUCAUGGACUGCUAUGAUUGUUGCAUAUGAACAAAAUAGCCUUGUGGAAAACUCUUUAGAGAUUUUUAAGAAAAUGCAGUUGGCAGAUGUAGAGCUCAACUCAGCAACCUUUUCCAGCAUCCUCCCUGCAUGCGCCAAAAUGGGAGCCUUGGACGAGGGUAUGGAAAUCCAUCGAAAAGUAUUUGAAGAUGGAUUUUCUUCAGAUGUUAUAGUUGUGACAGCCUUGAUAGACAUGUAUGCAAAAUGUGGAAAUCUACAGAAGGCACAUGAAUUGUUUGACGGUAUACCUCAACAAGAUGUGGUUUCAUGGACUGCAAUUGUCGCUGGAUAUGCACAGAAUGGGUUUGUUGAUAAAGCUUUGGAGAUAUUCAAGCAUAUGCAAUUUUCAAGUGUAAAGUCCAAAUUCAACAACUUCUGCCAGUGUUCCUCUACGCCAGUACUAAGGUUCAGAGUAGGCUGUGAACGUCCAUCAUCGAAUGACUUAGUUGCUAUUACCUUGGCCUAUAUGAAUGCAAAGUGUGGAAGAAUAUAA